GUUCAAGCUGUCAAAAAUCCAAAAAACUCCGUUUUGCUUUAUUGAUGAAUUGAUUCAGUUCGUGUGUCGUUCUAAAAUAAUACAAGUUUUUAAAUUCAAUAGGCGUUGUCCGCCAAUAAAGGUUAUUCGUAUGGUGAAAAUGGUUUGAUACGGUAACUGUGAUUAGAACAAUUUCAAGUUGUUUUCCCCCGAACUCUAGUAAACAGAUCCAAAAUGUCCGUUCCUAGCACAGGACUGAGCAAAUUGAAAAAGAAACAUAUUCGUGUGAAACACCAAAAAGUUAAAUUAUUUCGUGCAAAUGAGCCGCUGCUGUCGGUGUUCAUGUGGGGGGUGAAUCACACGAUAAAUGAGCUAAGUCAUGUGUCUAUCCCCGUGAUGCUGCUCCCCGAUGACUUCCGAGCAUAUUCCAAACUCAAAGUCGACAAUCACUUGUUCAACAAGGAAAACAUGCCGUCACAUUUCAAGGUGAAAGAAUACUGCCCCCUUGUGUUCAGGAAUCUGCGUGAAAGGUUCGGAAUUGACGACCUUGACUACAAGGAGUCACUCACAAGGUUUCGAAAGCCAGAUAACUACCUAUGUGCACAGAAGAGGGAGAAGUCUAAGCUCCGGAGGUCUGCGACAGCGCCGUCUGGUGUCGGCAACAUGAAACAUGAGCAUCAGGACAGCAUCUUCCACGAUGCGAGUGCGUUCGUCAAACGGGGGCUGACUAUCAAACGCCUGAGAUCCCAGCCGAUCCCCGACGACUCGUCAGGCAAGUCGGGCGCGAAGUUCUACCAGAGCUACGACCGCCUGUUCAUACUGAAGACCCUGACGUCGGAGGAGGUGGAGCGGAUGCACUCGUUCCUCAAGCAUUAUCAUCCGUACAUAGUGGAGCGGCACGGCAAGACGCUCCUGCCGCAGUACCUCGGCAUGUACCGGCUCACGGUGGACGGCAUCGAGCACUACCUGGUGGCCACCAGGAACGUGUUCUCCAACCAUCUCAAUAUACACAAGAAAUACGACUUGAAAGGCUCAACAGUCGACCGGGAGGCGUCAGAGAAAGAGCUAGAGAAGGAGCUACCGACGCUCAAAGACAACGACUUCAUCAAGCAAGGAGUGCGCAUUGAUAUUGGGGAUGCUGCUAAAGAGAAACUGCUUGAGACUCUUACUGCUGAUGUUGAGUUCCUAACAAAGCUCCACCUCAUGGACUACUCCUUACUCCUCGGGCUACACGAGUGCGGGCGCGGCGAGGCGGAGGCCGAGGCGGCGCGGCAAGCGGCCGAGGCAGAGAGCGAAGAUACUGACACUGAUAGUGAUACGGACAACCGACACCAUGCUGAGAGCUUCAACAUGUACAGGUGGGGCUACAACACGCCGCCGGACAGCCCGCGCGGCUUCCCGCGGCAGAGCGAGCGCAGCUACGAGGGCAUCAUCCCCGACUUGGACAUCUACGCCAUACCGAGCCAGGACAGUGCACCCAAGAAAGAAAUCUACUUUGUCGCACUGAUCGAUGUCCUAACCCAUUAUGGAGUCAAGAAACAGGCCGCAAAGGCAGCGAAAACAGUCAAGUACGGAAGCAACGUCGACGGGAUAUCCACCUGCGACCCCGAACAGUACGGAAAACGAUUCAUAGAGUUCGUAGCCAAAGCCAUCGAGGGAAACUAAGCGGGAAAGAGACGAAGCGACGCCUCUUUCAGUUGUUAAAGCGAGAGGUUGGAGUCGCCUGGAGCGAACUCGAAAAGAGGUCGGUUUAUUAAUCUAUUUCACGAUGUUGCCGUUAAAUUGUUCAAAAUACUUAAUGUUGGGGUGUACCAAAGUAGUUUUCGUAUCGAGAUAUCGUUCUAGCGGUUCUAUUCUGAUCUUAGUCCAGUUGGACAUUUCCUAGUAUUAUGGUUGGUAUUAUGAAGUUGGAAUCUUGUGAUAUCUAUUUAAGACCUCGACCGGAACAACUGAGGGACGCGUCCGCAUCGUCGUUGUUAUUCUUGUCAUAGACAAAAGUUCAUGAAAUCCUUAAAUUGUAAGUUUGAAUUAAAGCUUAAAAUGCAAAUAAUUAAUUCGUGUGUUGAAUGUAGCGUGAACCAAAAUAUUAUGCUGUAGUGGGAGCACGGGUUGACUUCGUAAAGUUAUCGUAUUGCCAUCGAGAAUUUUGGGAAAUUUAACCAACGCCGUUGUGUCCAAGGAACUAAAAAUGCUAAACAUUUUCAUUCGAAGGCCAUACGUUUACUUUAUAAUUUCAGGCUCGCUAUACUGAAUAACAUGAGAAGAGAUAUAAGUAUAUUGUAUCUUAAUUUUCUUUAAUAUAAUUUUCAGCUAUCCUGUACCCUUAGUACAGCAAGCUACUCUCGAUGAUAUGUAGUCAAAAAAAAAAUUUAUUUCUGUCAUAAAAAAUAAUAUUUCAAUUUACUACUUGAGGCGAUACUUUGUAUGGAAGAAAACAGUACUUACCAAUAGUACCUACAGUUUUUUAUAGAAUAAAGUUAAACUAUUCUCAUUCUCUGGUGGCGCCUCUAUCGGUAACUACCAUGAAACUUUUGACAGAAACAGUUUAAUUAAAUAAUUAUGACAGAUGAUAAACUUUUUUGAUUUUGCAAAGUAUAAAACCCGUUCGAUAUCUUUUCUCGUGGAGUUACAGUCUUGGGCCGUGUACAACUAUACAGAAAUAAAGCUGGAAACUUAUUACAGCUUACUUUACUAUGGAUAUUUAGCGCUUAUCAGCGCUGGUUCGCAAAAGUAUGAAAAAGAAAGCGCUUAUAAGUUUUCGGCUUUCUGUAGACCGGCGGUUUUGAUCUCCUAAGGUUUGGAAUGUAUUCAAUGUUCAAUUAUUAGAAAGUUCUCGCAUCAGUGAAUCGAAAUAAUGUUUGUAACAAUUUGGGCUAUUUUUAUGACUAAAGCACACUUCCAGCUACUAAGUUUCACAUUUCUUAUCACAUUUUCGAACUGACAAACUAUUUAAGAGCACAUUUUUGCAAUAAUUUCCAUGAUAACUCGUUAUUAGCUUUUAUAAAGUUCAGCUACUGUCUAGAUUAAAACUGAUUGGAAAUUGUUACUGAAUUUAAAUAUCAUUGAAUUAGCAUAAACACAAUUAGAAGUGGAAAUUGACUGUAAAAUUUAAGUUUAAAACAUUAAAAAUACGAUUUUAAGUCGAAUGACGGGUUUUGGCUGUUGUAUACUAAGAUUGAUAGAGUACACUUUAA